AGCCAGCAAGAUGUUCCGACGAGGGCGCUGGGGCUGGUGCCUCGGAGCAGCAGCCACAGCAGCAGCAGCAGGCGCCGCCGCAGCAGCUGCAGUAGCAGCAGGAGCAGCAACAGCAGCAGCAGUAGCAGAAGGAGCAACAGCAGCAGCCACAGUAGCAGCAGGAGCAGCAGCAGCAGCACCGGCGG